UUUCUUUUAAAAGGAACACGGUACUUUGAGUAGUAUUUGUAAACCGGUCCAGACUCAGUCUAUGAUGAAGAUAGAAUAAAUUAGGGAUAGACGAGAAUAUUGUCACAUGUAAUUUUUUAGCGCGUUUUGCUCUACUUAAUUUUAUUUUUUCAUUUUGCUUUAUGGAAAUCGCGUCUUACGCUGAAGGACUGAGUCGGAAGUGUUUUUUCUGUCGUUGCUGGUAAUACAAACCUUUUUCCGUGUUGCUGGUACGGUCUGUUAGUUUUCAGCUAAAUGAAAUGAAAUGGCACUAAGUGUGGAUGGAAACAAGCUUCCUCAGCGAAGGAAACGAGAGGACGGAGAGAAUGACGACGAUGGCGACGUGAAGAGGGACAAAAAUGAACCCAGCCGGUUGGAGUCUUGUUUGGAUCAACCCAUGGACUUAAGCAGUAUCUAUGAAGUCAUCAACUAUAUACCCUCACUUCUACCAGCCAAACAUUAUGAUGCUGUCACCACUGAACCAAUCAGCUGUGGUCUUCGGACUUUAGAUGAACUGCUCUCUUGGAAACGAAGUGAGGCAAACCCUUUCAAUGUGGCAGUAGUCCCUCUGGCAGCUCGGGAGCCACCCCUGGCCAGUUGUCCACAUCGGACGUUGGUGUCUCAUGACAUGAUGGGUGGCUACCUAGAUGACAGGUUUGUCCAGGGGACAAGCGCAGAAGCUCCGUAUGCCUUCUACCACUGGCACAACAUUGAUAUUUUCAACUACUUCACACACAACCUGGUUACUAUACCUCCUGCUGUAUGGACAAAUGCUGCACAUAAACAUGGAGUCCUCGUUAUUGGGACUUUCAUCACAGAGUGGAAUGAUGGAGCCACGGCGUGUGAGGCCUUCUUGAAAGAGGAGGAGUCUUAUCGGGCAGUAGCUGAUAAACUAGUCCAGAUCAGCCACUAUUACGGCUUCGACGGCUGGUUAAUUAACAUUGAGAAUACCCUCAGUGAGGUUGCAGUGAAGAACACACCUUUGUUCCUGCGCUAUCUGACAGACCAGAUGCACGAGCGAGUCUCUGGGAGCCUGGUCCUGUGGUACGACAGUGUGAUUGAGAAUGGACAGCUUAAUUGGCAGAAUGCACUUAAUCAGUCCAACAGGAUGUUUUUUGAUGCCUGUGAUGGUUUCUUUACCAACUACAACUGGACAGAGCAGAACCUGGAGUGGAUGAGGGACUACAGUGGGGUCCAAGGCCGCAAGGCUGACAUCUACAUCGGGGUAGACGUGUUCGCCCGAGGCAAGGUGGUAGGAGGAAUGUUUGAAACAAAUAAGGCACUGGAAAUCAUUCGGAAGCACAACUUCUCUGCAGCCAUCUUUGCUCCAGGCUGGGUGUAUGAGGCCCACAAUGAUAAGACCGAAUUCCGCAAGAAUCAGGACAUGUUCUGGGCUCUUCUAUCAGACUACCUGUACAUCCACAGGCCGACCUCGCCUCUUCCCUUCAUCUCCUCCUUCUGCCAGGGCUUUGGGAAGGCUGUCUACUGGAGGGGAAAGCAUGAGACAGAGAGGAGCUGGUUCAACCUGACUGCCCAGGAGAUCCAGCCCAUGUACUACCAUACAGAACUGGAGGGCCAGGGCUGGCUGAGGAGCCGCGGCUGCCCGGAGGAUGCCUGGAAUGGAGGCUGCUCGCUGCUACUCGACGGCCUCAUCCCUGUCUCUCACACUUCUCCAGUUUGUGCCAAGAUCUUCUCCCUCCAUGUACCCCUGGCAUCCAAGACCCUGGUGAGCCUCAUCUAUAAGCCAUCUGCUGGGAUCACAGUCUCCCUGGAGCUGAAGACAACAGAUGCCAGUCUUUGCACACACAUCCAGGAUGUCAAACUUACCGGUGUGUUUCCUGAGGUAUUAGAUGGGGGGGACCAGUUGGUGAGCCAGUUCUCUCAGCUAUGUGGAAACUUGAAUCCAGAUGGUUGGACUGUCAGCUGUUCGCAGUUGGAGCUUCAUGACUGUGCUCUUAGAGAAGUUUGUAUCCUCAUCCAGCGGAGUGGAGAGCCUCAGGACACAGCUUUCAGCUGCAGGGUCGGAGAGAUCAGGCUCCUGGAUGUAGCCAGUCUGCAGGUUCCCCCUGAGCUGGUUCAGGGCUUGUGCAUUUAUGACGUGGUGUGGCUGCGUGGUGCUGGUACAUUUCCAGAGUCCACCUCUCCCUGCCUGUACCUCAGUGCAACUCUGCGUUGGGACUACCCGACCAAACUUGUACGCCACUUCAGGGUAUACUGGCGUCGGCUGAGAGGACCUGAUCCCCGAAUUCUCCCGGGUGAGCUAGUUCUGGUGGGACGGGCGUAUUCUAAUCUGUUUAGGGUAACGGAGCUGGUAGUGCCAGAGCCCCCUGGCUUACUGGAGCUGGUAGUGGAACCAGUGAUCAGGAAGGGCUUCCUGGUCCCAGAGAGUCACUGGGGAAGAAGAAGCCUCAGCUACACAGAGGACAGAGCUACAGAAUGAGUUUGGAUAAAUGUUAGCAGGCUGCUGCCCCCUUACUCUUUAAUAAAUGGUGCCACAAGCAUGACUGUGAUGUAAAACUCAACAUUUCUAAGUUGGAGCACUUCAAUUACUGACAAAUUGUCUUCCUCACCUAUUGGCUUUUGGCUCAAAAAGCCAGGAAGACGGUUUUAGAAGCCUCUGUUAUGGCUGUUGACAAUAUGAGUAUCCCACACUAUCUGGUUGGCUACUUUUAUAUCUGAAAGUCACUAAAUCUUGGAUUUGGUAAAAGAAGGCAAAGUAGUACUAUUGACCAAACAACACGAUGAACGUGAUGCUAAUCUGCUUGAGUUAUUCUGUCUUGCUUUGUUUCACAUACUUUACCCAAUCCAAGGUUUCUUUUAACCAAAAAAAAACAAAAAAACUCAGUGUCCACUUACUUGAUUUUUCACUUGGGCUUUGGUCAAAGUCUUUUUUGCUUAGGAAGGUUCCUAACGAUUGAAGUGACCUGGAAGUAUAUUAGUGACAGCCAUGAUAAGAAUUGGUUAAAGUCUUUAAAUGCUAAUGAAAGGAGCGUCAAUGCUUCCUUUCUUAUCUCCUUUAGUGGCAUAGGAUACACCGGACCAUCCUUUACAAUAGUAAAAGAGAUAAUGCUGUCCCACAAUUCCCUGCAGAAUUUUCUAGUUAACAAUAUCAUCAUUAUAACAAAAUACCGUAUACAUAAAUGUCAUUUCACUACCACCCAAUGUGGAAUGCACUGAAAAAGGAAUUUUCUCUACUUUACAAAUGUAUAAAAAAAGAUACUUACAUUUGAAUAGAAUUUACUCUGGCCCCUUGCUCAAUUCCUUAUUUUUAUUUGAUUAUCAUUUUAAUGGCUCAAAUUCCUCUACUCGUAUAUUCCCUUCCUGUUAUUAUUAUAUUAGAAUUUUUUUUUUUUUUUUUUAGUUUUGUUUUUAUUUUUUACAAUAUCUAUGUUGUUAAUUCCUAUGAGUAGUUGAUGGUUAAAUGUACCAUGUCUAUAAACUGAAAACAUCCUUCCUUAGGUGGUGUGAUUCUGUUUUGGACAGGACACCUUAUUUGAAUUGUAGACUUACAGUACUGCGUUUGUCAUUGUACUUAUCUUCCAUGUGUUGUUAAUAAAACUUGUUUAA